UGAAAGUUAGCACAUGGGCAGAAAACUUUGUUGUUAAAAAAAAGGGAGGGAGAGAAAGAAAAGGAAAGAAAGAAAAGAAAAAGGCACAUACCAGCUGCACGCAGAGACCACGCUACGUGAACAGGGAACCUCAGUGGUCUUCUUGAGGGGGCGGGGAUCGGGUUCCUGGAGCUCCCUUAUCUUUUCAACGGUCCUCUGACUUUUCUGGCAACUCUCCGUCCCUCUCUGUCCUGGCACUCCCUGCAGAUGUCAAUGUGGCCUUGCGCAAAAUCGCCAACUUGCUGAAGCCAGACAAAGAGAUUGUGCAGGAUGGCGACCACAUGAUUAUCCGCACGCUGAGCACUUUUAGGAACUACAUCAUGGACUUCGAGGUUGGGAAGGAGUUCGAGGAGGAUCUGACGGGCAUAGACGACCGCAAGUGCAUGACCACGGUGAGCUGGGAUGGGGAUAAGCUCGAGUGUGUGCAGAAGGGCGAGAAGGAGGGACGCGGCUGGACCCAGUGGAUUGAGGGUGAUGAACUGCACCUGGAAAUGAGAGUGGAGGGUGUGGUCUGCAAGCAAGUAUUCAAAAAGGUGAACUGAAGCCUGAGCAGACCUGAGUCUUGAGGAAUGAGUGGCGUGGACGCGGGGGCCGGGGUCCCCCUCUCUGCACAACAUGGGGCAGAGAGAUCCAGCCCCCAACUUGACAUCUCUUAGCAGAGUCUGUCUCUUGACAUUAUCCUUUCCUUCUCUUCAAAUGAAACCAUCCUAAUAAAAGUGGUUUCUACCCCCAA